AUGACUACUGGACUCUUUAACUACAUUGACCCAACGUCGAGUCUCGACGCUAGUGGUAACAAGGUCAAGCCUUGGUCAAAAGUCGAUGUUGAUCAGACCUCCUUCGAGCGCAAGCAAGUCAAGCGCGAAGUUGUCGACAUUCGUGCUGCUGCCAGUCUCAAGGCUUUCGACGUUGAUCUGUCUGGCUUCGACGUCUUCAAGUCCCCCGCCAAAGAAACCGAAUUCACCGAUGAUGCAGCCGUCAGAAACGGCUACUACGGCGAAGUAGAAGCGCUGCUGAAGGAGAGAAUCCCGGAUAUCAAGAAAGUCGUCAUCUUCGACCAUACAAUCCGUCGUCGCGAAAAGUCUAGCCCCAGACAGCCUGUUCAGCAAGUCCACGUCGACCAGACUCCCGGUGCAGCAGAAGCUCGUGUUCGCCGCCACACCGACCCCUCAGAAACAGAAGAGCUCCUCAAAGGCCGCUACCAAAUCAUCAACGUCUGGCGUCCCAUCCAGAACCCCGCGUCAGACUUUCCCCUCGCUGUAAUCGACUACCGCAGCACCAAGCCCGAAGACAUGAUCAAGGUCGAUCUCCUGUACCCUAACCGCAACGAUAAUGACGACGAUGAUCGUGGCAAGGAAGUCCUACCUGAUGAGGCAACCCUCAAGUCUACGGAGGGCUACACCGUCAAGGGCGAGACGUACUCUGUUGCGCCGAAUGAGGGACACAAGUUUUACUAUGCCAAGGACAUGACGCCUGAGGAAGUUAUGUUGAUCAAGUGCUUUGAUUCCAAGAGUGAGGUUCACGAGGGUGGGAAGCACGGUAUUGCUGGAUAUACGCCUCAUACUGCGUUUGUGGAUCCUGAUACGCCUAAGGAUGCGCCUGGACGACAGAGCAUUGAGCAUACUAACAGAGACUCAGAAACCAUGUCUUCGUCGCAAGGUCCAUCUCAGGGUUGGUUGCAGGUCCCUCGGGGUCAGUUUCUCACUCUGCUACACGUCGGCGAUGCUGUCGCAUCGACCAGCUUACCAGAGGAGUUUCAGCUCACCGAUCCCGACAGAGGUAUUUUGAUGGGGCGCAUUCUCAACAAUGAAGUCUACUGGAACCGCCUCUUGAACGGCUACAUCAGACUCGGUGCCGAGCCUACUCUUGAUUGGAUUAUCCCAGUCCACAGGAUUCAGGGAUCAGGUUUCCAGACUGCUUUCGUCAAGUUCAUCGAACGAGUAUACCAAGAACCUCGCAAGUCCUGUAAGGGAGACAUGUUAAUUGGUAUGUUUAAGUGGUUUAUCCAGAAUCCGGAUAAUAUUCACGCUUUAUCUGCUUCCGAUCUCGAACUCGUAUCAGCUUCUGACGUUAUGACAGAUACCCCCCAGUUUUAUCAAACACACUCUGCAUGUCCUCGGCCUCCUAUUGAUCAUUUGACCGAAAUGCUCAAGUGGCUGAUAUCAGGUCCUCGUCUGAACAGCUACCAUAUCAAAAAUAUCUGCAAGAUGAUUGACAUGCUGGUUGCCAAGGGUGCUAUCGUCGACCUUCACCAAAACCGCUUCAUCGAGGGAUACCCCCGAAUCAACCCCGACGCGAAGAAGAUUCCGGAUAAUGCAGUUGAGAUAGGCAUGAUGCCACAGUGUCCAGCCUCUUUCCUCCAGACCUUCCUCUCGACUCAAACCCACGAGGAACAGAAGUUUACCCAAAGGAGUCCAGUCUGGAGAGCAUCCGGUCCUAUUCUUCCUAGAGGCAUGCACUUUGCUGUCACCAGUGUGAAGUGGAUCGUUACUCGCAUCGUUCAAGACCUCUUUGACGAGAACAAAUACGAAGGUCCUGCUGUAUGCAUUAGACAUCAGUACCUUCAGAAGCUCAUCCUCCUGCUCAACCCUGCCUGGACUGAAUACGAGGAGUGCGAAGCCCUGACACAACUCGUCGAGGUAGUCGAAGAAAUCGAACCUCUAUUCGAAGUCGACGUCAUUGGUCAACUGUACAAGUCGGACGCAUUCGCAGCCGAAGUCUGGUUCAAACUCUGUCGAGCCGUCUCCGGCCUCGCUAGCGACGUCUAUCAGGCUCAGUGUGACCGUCAAACUGCCGAGUUUGGUAACCGACGACAUAGGUUUGCUAUUGGCAAGUCAUGGGAUCCUCGCAUUCAGUGGAUGGAAGGUGAGUUUAAGAAACACAUCUCGGACGCUGACGUAGAUCUUGCUGUGAACCGUGAUUUGAAGAAUGCCUGGAAGAUGAUGAUCGUUGAGCGCGGCAACGACCGUCAGUGGUGGGAGAUUGAAGACCAGGACAAGUGGUAUGUUUCUAUUCACGAGGUCAGAAAGACUAUCGAGCGUGACCCGCUGUAUGGGGUUGUUAUCUAA